AUGACGGCGCUUCUGGCGUGCUCCUUUGAGCAGAGAGUUGUGCCUCUUUCACUGGCGUGGAUGCGGUACAGGAUGACCGCGCUUCGCCGCGCCGCUGCUCAGCCCAAUGCGCUCCUUUUGUACGCCUCUCGUUUUCGACCAACGUCGUCGCUGAUGAUGAGUGUGCGUUGCCGUUCGGACUCUAGUUUUGCGAAGAGCCAUCCUGUAGCGUACGUGUCAACUGAAGCACCAGAACUGCGGCGUGGUAGCUCGAGCGCCGAGGCGGCGUCUUACGAGACAUUCAGCGGCGCUCUCUCAGAAGACUACGUUGGAGGGCUGAGUAACGUCACCGCGGAGAGGUUCCGCGGCAUGCAGCCGGUCGGCACGUUGGAACGAGGCGAUGGCGACGGAGAGUGCGACGAGAGCGCGAACGACUCCGUGGAGUUGAUGGAGGUUGACUUCACUUCCGACGAGAAGCUGAGCAAGCUGGAGAAGCUCUACCACAGCGCGCACAAGGGGGACCUGAUUCUCUCCCCUCGUGAGCGCCAACUCUUUUCCCGCAUGAUCUACGAAAAAUUCUAUAAAGUGGGUGCUCAGAGCGUUGUUGAUCCCGCCAUUGUGUACCAGGCGUCGCUGGAGGUGCAUUGGGUCGAGGAGUGGGUUGCUGGCCGCGCGCGCGCGGAGCGCUGGUCUCACGACGAAGCGCGUCGGCAGGUGAAGCGGUCGCUCCUGGAGCGCGUCGACCUCCACAAGCCGCUCUCGUACAUUAUCGGCUCGCAGCCGUUCUUCGGGUGCGAUAUCCACUGCGAGGCGCCGCUUCUGUGCCCGCGGCCCGAGACGGAGAUGUGGACGCACUGGAUGGUGUACAGCUACUUGGCACGCGCGGAGCGCAGCAUCACCGCCACCGACUUGUCUCCCGCUGUGUCGCCGAUGAGAAUCCUAGACGUUUGCUGCGGCACGGGCUGCAUCGGGGUGGCGCUGGCGAAGCACCUGUCAAGCGCCGUCGUCACCGCCCUCGACAUUCUCCCAGAGGCAGUGCGGGUAUCCAGAGAGAACGCGAUGCGCAACGGGAUUUCACCCGAGCGGUACACGGCGAUGGAGAGCGACAUGUUCAGCUGCUUCCUCGAGGAGCCGGUGCCCGCGCAGCAGGGUGACAGCGCCCACCUGAGCGAGGACCGCCCGCUCGGUACCGUGAACGACGCGUACGCUGGCACCUAUGACGUAAUCGUGUCCAACCCACCCUACGUGCUACCAGAGCAGUACGUCGAUCUCCCUUGCACCAUCACUCAUUGGGAGUCCAAGACAGCCCUCGUCGGUGAUGACUACCGCGAAUCCCGGCAGUACUUGUACUUCAAGGAGCUCUGUGUGCAUGGGGCCAAACUGCUAAAACCGCGUGCUCGGCGCAACGAAAUGCUUCGCGAUGCGCCGAACAUUGCGAUCGAGGUCGGCCUGCAGGCGCACAUGGUGGCGGACCUGAUGGAGAAGAGCAAACUCUGGCGAGAUGUCGAAGUUCAUUUAGAUUAUGCCCAUCAAGAGCGCUGGAUUACGGCGAACUCGGCACACUGA